AUGGCCUCCGCCCGCUCUCUGAUGCGCCUGGCAUCUGGCCGCUCUUACGCCCCGAAGGCCUCGACAUCACCGGGCCCGGAACCUGAGAACAUGCGCCAAGCGCAGCGUCCGCCCUCGGGACCCCUGCGUGCCCCCGUUGUCAACCCUACUGACAAGUACCAGCCCAUGGCUGAUAACCUCCACACCUACGGGCAAUACAUCAUGUCCUGCCUGCCCAAGUACAUCCAGCAGUUCACCGUGUGGAAGGACGAACUCACCGUGUACACCGCCCCAGCCGGUGUCGUCCCUGUGAUGAGCUUCUUGAAGAACCACACUGCCGCCGAGUUUACCCAGAUCUCCGAUAUCACUGGUGUCGACUUCCCCACCCGCGACCAGCGCUUCGAGGUCGUUUACAACCUUCUCAGUGUCCGCUACAACUCUCGCAUCCGUGUUAAGACCUAUGCGGAUGAGGCUACCCCCGUCCCCAGUGUCACCGGACUCUUUGAGGGUGCCCUGUGGUAUGAGCGUGAGGUCUACGACAUGUUCGGUGUCUUCUUCUCCGGACACCCUGAUCUGCGCCGCAUCAUGACCGACUACGGCUUCGAUGGCCACCCUCUGCGCAAGGAUUUCCCCUUGACUGGUUACACCGAGCUGCGCUACGACGAGGAGAAGAAGCGCAUUGUCAUCGAGCCCUUGGAGCUCACCCAGGCGUUCCGUAACUUCGAGAGCGGUUCCACCUCCUGGGAACCCGUGGGUGCUGGUCAAGACCGUACUCCCGAAUCCUUCAAGCUUCCUACUCCCAAGCCGGAAGAGAAGCCAGAGGAAAAGAAAUAG